ACGUUUCACAUUCAUCUCUUUUUGUUGUGAUUCAUUCAAGCGAGUGUAUAAUUUUGAAAUGCUGGCAAAUUUCACCAGAAAAAUGAAAUCAGUGUAGAAGCGAUGGACAUUCUUCGUUAAUUAAAAUGUUUUUGGCGUUACGUAGCUUACUAGAUCUUAAAGCAUUAAUACAAGAACAGAAUCUGUAAGUGAACCUCAAUCAUGGAAGCGUUGUAUUUCCAAACAAACAGUAUCAUUCAGGAAACUCAUCAAUGCUUUCAACAACUUAACAACGUACGUGUCGGUGACACCGGGUCUGUCGAAGCGGAAAUACAAACUAAACUCACUGCGGUAAGCGCCAACUGUGACCGGCUCGAUGUUCUGCUGUACAAAGUUCCGGUGGCGCAACGGCCGAGCGCCAAAAUGCGAGUAGAUCAGCUCAAGUACGAUCUGCGUCAUCUGCAGGCAGCCUUAAAGCUGUACCAGGACAAAAAGGCUCGCCGUGAGCUCGAGCAUGCCGAGCGGGAAAGUUUACUGAAUAAACGCUUCACGGCCAAUUCGGAAACCUCGAUUGAUAUGGACUACUCGCUGCAGCAUAACAAUGCGAUGAAUAAUGCCCAUCGCGGGGUCGACGAAAUGAUCUGGACCGGAAGUAACAUACUGGACGGGCUGCGUAACCAGCGGGAGACACUGAAGGGGGCCAGGAAGCGCAUUAUGGAUGUUGGAAAUACCCUCGGGCUCUCCAAUCAAACGAUGAAAAUGAUCGAACGACGCGUGGUUGAGGAUAAAUAUGUGAUGAUCGGAGGAAUGAUUGUAACGUUGUUGAUUAUUACGUUAAUUAUUUACUUCUUCGUGUUUUAGAGUCACCGAUAUAUACAGAACAAAAUUUGUGAAUGUGAAUGGCCUUAGAUGCUUUGCAAAAUCAGCUAUAAAAUAUUAUAACUCUUCUUCUA